GCAGUGAGCCGUUUGGUUAAACCGCUAUCCCGUUCUCCGUCAUUUUCAGUCUCGAGGUAGAAACGAUUCACCGCGCUGCUGCGUUUUUCCAUGGGCAUUACUCCGAAUUGUCGCUAGGCGAUCGUUCCGCGUCGCGCUCUCGUUGUGUGUUGAUAUUCAGAUUGUGCGUGUGCGCCGUUUAAGCUGUGUGCAAACAGUGAAGAUUACUCUGUGCCAAAUUGCACGUUCUGUGGCGGGUGCCGUUCUGUUUCUGGAACAGGUCCCAGGCUCGGUGAAAAACGAAAAGCAGCAUUUAAGGUACGAAAAACAUACCCGGAGCGCCGUGCGCGGGCGCGUCUGUUGUAUUGUAGGCGGACGUUCUGUCGCCCUUCGUGUGUGAGUGUGUGCGUGUGUCAGUGAAAGAGAGGGAAAGUCUGUUGCCGGUAAUCCUUUUGCUCACAUCCAGGUCUACGCGCUGUCUGGAUGCUGUAGUGUAGGAGUCGUUUUCCGUCGGCGAGCGAAAGAGAGAGAGAGAGAGAGAGAGAGCGAGCGAGAGAAGAAUCAAAGUGCGUGACCAGCUCCUCUAACACACAAACACGGGCGCGCAACUGCAUUGCGCAUAUUGCACCGCGCUCAUCAACAAGCGGGAGUUGAAGAACCUUUUCAGCGCCCCCUUCCCACGAAAAUCUCGUGCUUAUGUGCACUGUGCGGGUCGGAAAAUUUCGGCCUAAUACAUUUUCAUUCCCCCAUGCUCGACCAAUUCUCGACUACGCCACACAAACCCCCUGCUUCUUUCGGGUUGGCUAAGCACCGGCAACUUUGAUCGUGUUGAUCAUCCCAUCGCGUGCAGCUCAUCUCAUCGUAGUCUCUGUGUGUAGAAUAGGGUGUAGUGAUCGUGGUGUUUUUGUAGCCGUGACUUCCCGUACAGAGCUGCGGACGCACUUUGUAAUCAUAAUUUUGCCGGAGAUUGCAAAGUAUUAGCUAGCGGCGCGUAGUGUUGUGUUGUGUGCCCCCCUCCGGAUAUUAACCAUUCCGCCUGGCGGAACGUCAUCGGAACACAAAUACCUCCUUCAGCCGAGUUGUUGUGAUAGGUUACUCGAAGUCGAUUUUGGUUGUAAUCUGAUAGACGCGCUGUGAAGUGUUUUCUUGUGUGGCGUGGCUAGAAGUGUCGGAAUACACCUUGCUGUGUAGCGCAGGUGAAGGUGUGCUUCACGCAAAAUCACGUGUGCCAUAGUUUGUUGUAGAGAAGAAGUGUGACCGUGUUGUCCAUCAGAACAACAGCAAUCGCAGCCCGAUAUUGUCAAAGCGAAAGCCAAGCUUGAGUGUCUUUCAGUGAUCAUUGGUUUUUGUUAUUUUUGCUUCUGUUGUAAUGAGCCCUGUUUGACAGGUGUCAACAGAGUGACAGUGCGUGCGAGAUCUUGUGUCGGGGUGUUGUGAUUUUUUUUUGUCGCAAAAAGCAACGGAAGCCAGCACAGAGCGAGAGAGCAAAGUAGGUGCGAAGGAACAUACUUAUCGAGCCGAACCUGUCCAUUUUGGGUUAAAGUAGAGGCCAUGAUGUCCUGCCCCCUUCCAUUGCCAUUGCCACUACUUCCACCAGCACUGCACGCAGAUUUCCCUCCGGUGCACAUCGGAGUUAAGCGAGGAAGCGACGAACUACUUAGUCAAGCAGCUGUUAUGGCUCCAGCAUCGGACAACAACAAUCAGGAUCUCGCCACGAAGAAAGCCAAACUGGACAGCACCAACACAGUGAUCGGUAUGGGCAUCACGAAAACGUCGCGUGUGGUGCACAUCCGCAACGUCCCGAACGAGGUGAGCGAGGCCGAAAUUAUACAGCUGGGACUGCCGUUCGGACGCGUCACGAACGUGCUGGUGUUGAAGGGCAAGAAUCAAGCAUUUAUCGAGAUGGGCGAUGAGACCGCUGCCUCGACAAUGGUGAGCGUGUUCCACGCCAAUCCGCCACCUCUGCGGGGACGUACGGUGUAUGUGCAAUACUCAAACCAUCGGGAAUUGAAGAUCGAUCAAAACCAUGCAAUUGCGAACGUAACGAACGCACUGCAGGCACAGGAUCUUACGCAGUCACCGACCGGAUCGCCGUUGCCGAUCUCAAUCGAACAUACCAACAGCAACUCGCAGAACGCUAGCAGCAACAACACGAACAACAGCUCCACGACACCGAGCAGCGGUGGCGGUGGUGGUGGUGGCAGCGGUGCACCCAACACCGUACUGCGAGUAAUCGUGGAGUCGCUGCUGUAUCCGGUUUCGCUUGACGUGCUGCAUCAGAUAUUCCAGCGGUUCGGCAAAGUGCUGAAAAUUGUCACCUUCACCAAAAACAAUUCGUUCCAGGCCCUGAUACAGUACCCCGAUGCGCAGACAGCUCAGAACGCACGGGCAUCGCUGGACGGACAGAACAUCUACAACGGGUGCUGCACACUGCGCAUCGACAACAGCAAGCUGACGGCACUGAACGUGAAGUACAACAAUGACAAGUCGCGAGACUACACCAACCCAUCGUUGCCGUCCGGCGAACCGGGCAGCGAUGUUAUCGCCAGCGCCGGUGGGCUGGUGUCCGCGAGCGAUCUGCUCCUGUUGGCGGCCGGCCAGCGGCCCCAGCUGUCCCGCGAUCGACUAGUCAAAUUAGACAAAUCUCCCUAUUUUCUAGUGAACGGGUUAGCGACGCCGGGCGUGAUGCCACCGUUCGGGCUGGGGCUCGGUACGCCGGCCCUGGCCAGCGCUUACGGUGGCGCCCUGCCCAGCCUGAACGCGUUUGCGCUCGCGUCGAACGGUGCCCUCGGAACGCCGAACCCGGCCAACGUGCGGGGACUCUCGAACGUGCUGCUCGUAUCCAAUCUCAACGACGAGAUGGUCACGCCUGAUGCUCUCUUUACCCUCUUUGGAGUGUAUGGUGAUGUACAGCGUGUAAAGAUCCUGUACAACAAGAAAGAUUCAGCAUUGAUUCAGAUGGCUGAACCCUACCAGGCGUAUUUGGCUAUGACCCAUUUGGAUAAACUUCGUAUCUGGAACAAAACGAUCCGCGUGAUGCCGAGCAAACAUCAGGCGGUACAGCUGCCGAAGGAAGGGCAACCGGACGCCGGGCUGACCCGCGACUAUGCACAAAAUCCGCUGCAUCGGUUCAAGAAACCGGGCAGCAAAAACUACCAGAACAUCUAUCCACCAUCUGCUACACUGCAUUUAAGCAACAUUCCAGCUACCGUAACCGAGGAUGAAAUCAAGGAAGCUUUCACCAAGAACAGUUUUGAGGUUAAAGCUUUCAAAUUUUUCCCGAAGGACCACAAGAUGGCGCUGAUACAGCUCAGCUCGAUCGAGGAAGCAGUGUGCGCCCUGAUCAAGAUGCACAACUACCAGCUGUCCGAGUCGAACCAUCUGCGCGUCAGCUUCUCCAAGUCCAACAUCUAACUGCGAGCGCCCGCGUAUGCGAGCGCCAAACACGGUACAUCGCCGGUACAGCUGCCAGUAGUAGUAGUUCCAGUUCCAGUUCCAGUUCCACCCGCACCGCCGACCCCAAGCUCGUCCGACCCGCUAGCGGCCAAUGACAAAACCACCGCAACUACCGCUACUACAGCCACGGCCACAGUCAAUGCGCACCCAUCGUUACAAGCAACGCCCUCCUCAACAACGCCAACAGCGACCUCGGCAUGAUCGCAGCAGGGAUAGCGCAAGGAGCAGCAACCCACAAACACACACACAUUUGCCGGACGGACGGAGCGAACGCGGCGAUCGUCAUCGGCAGGAUACACGAUAGCUUCGGAGAACACCCAAAUGGGUUCUGGCCAAAAUGCGUUACAACUAGCCUAAGGAGACCGUGAGCAGAGGAAUCAAGUUUUGCAUUAUCAUAAACACGUAUAUACAUAUAAUCCACCUCGUCGUCGUCGUCGUCGUCGUAGUAGAAGAGUGUCUGCUGCGUGCCGCGCUUGUUUGUUUCGGUGUGACAUGCACGGCAUCGGCAAAAGAGAUCUUUUAUCGAAACGAGAAGAACACACCACCCCCCCAGGGGAAGAGGACAAAGGCAAAACUUUCGUAUCCAUAUUUGCACAGAGAGCUCUCUGCUGCUGCUACAAAAACCCCGGCCAAGGCAACUUCCGGUGAAGCAUUGCAUUAGAGGGACGGGGUUUUUGUGUCUAUUUGUUUUUCUGUUCUUUCGUCUGGGGGGGAGGGAGGAAAUUCAACACACAAACAGACACACAUACAACAGUAGAGACAAGUUACUAUUUGAUCAUGAUUAACAUGUAAGGUGUAGAAUGUUAGUAGUGAAACAUCUGAUGUUGUACUAUCAUUACAGGAACACAGGUUGAUAGGGAGGGACAAAACCAUAUAUAUAUCAUUAGCUGAUACUUGUGCAAUGGAGAUGGUAUAGGGACGGUAGGGACAGAAUCGUAGUGCCGUGGUUGAAGCAGCAUGUACGUGCGUGUGCGAGUGUGUGUGUGCGAUUGUAGUGGGAAAGGAGUGCAAGAGCUGAUCCUUCAUUCGGUAACGGCGAUUGUGGACAAUCAUUUGUUUGUUCAUGUUGAGUUGCCACAGUCGUCCCAAAGAUGGCUAUCGAAAAAGCUAAGAAAAAAACAAAGAAGAUGCAUUGUUAAUUUGGUUUUAAAAACAAACAAGCAUCGUGGAAGCCAUCUUCAAAACAAAAAAAAGGAUGAGCACACAUCUCUCAUGCGCAUAUUCACACUCACACACACACACACUAUCGCACGCACAUAAAUGCUGCUCGCCAGACAGAAAGACGUUCGUGGAAUGUGAGGAAAAGGAUCUUAAUCGUGCGUCCUCUUGCAGGACGGCGAUGAAACACAAACAAAAAACAAUUCGCCAAGCACAUUCACGUGUGGAAAUCAUCGAUCGAGAAGAGUGUUUAAUGGGAACAAACUAUAUCUUUAUGGAACAGGGGUAAAAAAAAAGAAAAAAACACACACAUACACAUACACACAAGGAGAUUAAUAAUCAACCAAAUCAACUAAGCACGUGUUGCGCGAGAGAGAGAGAGAGAGAGAGAGAGAGAGAGAGAGAGAGAGAGAGCGAGCGAGCGCAACGUGUUUAGCGUGUUGCAGAUAUCAGUGACAAAAAAAUAUCAACAAAAAAUCAAAACAAUCGUAAACCAACCAAGAAGGAACAUAAAAGGAACAGUUGUGUAUUUAGUAUCUAGUUGAGGAGAUAAAGAACCACACACACACACAACACAAUCAUUACCACAUCUUAGCAAAAGAAAAACGGGGAUCGUUAUCCGAAGAAUGUUUGUGUGUUUACAAAGUAGCCAACAGCAGCCAACAGGAACGAAAUGGGAGGAAAUGAAUCACCAAAAGAAAAGCACAAAUGGUGCCGAAGUGGGUGGGUGUGUGUGUGCGUGUAAACAAUGUAAGCGAAUUUAGUAAAUUUGUAGUAGUUGAAGUUUUGAAGUCGAGCAAUGGAGAGCGAUCUCUGUGUGUGUGUAUGCACGAGUGGCAGAAGCAGAAGAAAGGAAGAAUAAGAAGAUGGUGCAUCAAAUCAAUCAAGCUGUGUGUGCGUGUGAGUGGACGAAGCCGGAACAGGUGUGUUAAGGUAAUUCACAUACACAUAAUGAAUAUCUUCCUGUCCCUGUUCCCCUAUCGCCUUUAUUCCCUGAGCUCCCACCCACCCCCCUAAAACAUUACACAAAAUAUUUAAAUGUUGUUUCAACACACACACACAGUAGCUAAUAAGUCUUUGAGCUGUCGAAAAGCUGUUCGAGCUAUUCGGUACCACUUUAAAACGGUUCAGCAAACUCUCACUCUCCCCAGGGCCAGGUCAGAAUCGGGUCAGAAUCGGGUAAUGGAAAACGCACAUAGGCGCGCGCUCUCGUCGUGAGCACAUUUGUUGUAGGUUUAGCAAAAUGGAUUGAGAUGUUGACGGUAGAGCAGCUGAAGCUUAUGCUCGAGUUGAUUUCCCUAAAAAACCGCCUGAUUUCCGUACCUUUCGGCAUUGUGUUGUUGCUGUUGAUUUGUGCGUUAUUAUGUCCCCCUCAAAAUUAAACAGAACAAAAAAAAUCCAACCACCCGCGCAGCAGCUUAGGCGGGAGGUAGCUCAACAUGGAUCGACUCUCACUGACAGAGAGUCAUCCACAAAAAUUCAAACUACAAGAACAACUGCUAAAACCGGCAAUGGGUAUUAUUUGAAUGUAAGGCACAGGGCAAUAAGAAAGAAGCAGCAGAGGAAGAAGAAGGACAAAAAAGGAAACACACGCGCGGCUAAAUAAUGCCUGACAGGAUAUAGAUUGAAAUAUGAAUUUUUUCCAGUAUUGUUUUAGGGAAUAACUGUUAAGAACAGGGAUUACACGGGCACUGGGCAACCAAUUUAUGAUGCGUAGUUAUAUUAUUAUAAUGAUUACAAUUACGAUUAUUAUUAUUAUUAUUAUUAUUGCUAUAAUUAUAAUUAUUAUUACUACCUUAGUAAGGCGAUAUCGUUAGCCGAGAGAGAGACAGAGAGAGAAUAUGUGUGUGUAUAAGGUUAAAAUCUCCCCUCCCCCUUUUUUUUCUUCAACCAACAUUUUGGGGUUUUUGUAUUUUCAUCAUCAUCAUGCUAGGGUAUUUAGUGUAACAGGGUCAUGGGUUUGCUUUCUACGUCUCUACACGGUAAUAUUACACGGUUGGCAUGAUCAGUGUGCGAUCAGUAAGCUUGAAGCGUCUCUAGGGGAGAUUCGCAUCUUGAUUUCUUACUUUCUGUAUUACUUAGGGACCUAUUACCUGUCUCUCACUCUCCCUCUCUCUCACUCUCUUUAUCUCUCUGUUUAUCUCACUCGUGAUCAUGUUAUGUUGUGCAAUUUCGUUUUUCCUGUUCACUAUUUUCUGUACCGUAACUGUACCCGUGGUAUGUUGUUCUUCCUGUUGCCUUUCUUUGUGCCUUUCCAUUCUGUUUGCUGUUAUCAUUUCGCUUUACAUCACUUCCAAAAACCACACACGUACGUAUGUUGCUUGUUUUUCUGGUUUUCUUCUUCCAACUCUUGAGGCGUUACGAACCUCAACCCCUCGUUUCGGAGAUGUGCAAAAUGAUAUUUUGUUUUUUUUUUUGUUUUUGAAUACCUUUUACAAUGUUUGUUAUGUGUUGAUGAUAGGUUUAGCUUAGCGUAAUAAGAAGCGUAAUUGCUGCAAACACAGACAGAUGAGAUUCGUUGUUACAUCGGAGCCCGGAAUUCGUAUCGGGUUUUUCUGAAUCACCACCAUUUUGAACCUUUUGUUUUCCCUCUCCCAAAUUUUUUCAUCAAACGAUUUUCCGUUGAUAGAAGUCAUUCCUGUUCCACUGAGUUGCCUUUUUCACCUCUCUACGAGUAGUGGGCUACGUGCUGUAACACGAGCUUAAAGCGUCUGUGUAUAACCUUAGGUGCAAUAUCGUUCAGAACGGCGAGUGAAAAUUUCUGUUGUAAGAAGUUUUCACACACACAUAUACACUCGAAACACACACACACGAACAGCACGGCAGCCCAUUUCCCGAUAUUGUUUCUGUCUGUCUGGCUCUCGAUUUUUUGUUUCAUCUGGGACGCAUUUUCUCCAUGCAGCCGCUUUUUUCCUUCUAGGGCUUUUUUCCUGUGUUCAAGCAUGUAAAGAAAACACAAGGCUUCUUACACUUAGUUGUGUUGGUGUAUAUUGGGGGGUUUUUGGGUUUUGUUUUUUUUUUUAACUCUUCCGUUACACACAACAACAAUGAUGCUGCCCUUUCUCGUCGAAGACAAUCUAACGCUCACGGGUAAGCGUUUGUAAAGCGAAUAUUUGUUUGUUGAUUGGGUGUUGUAAGCUGUGUUAUGUUAGCGAGCCGACUGAAUCCCAUCUCCUUUCCUAUUUAUACGGGUUUGAGAGUUGGAUCGUAGGGUUCAGUUGGUACUGAUCGAAUUCGUAAUUCAUUCCGAAGAAAAGCAACAGCUUAGCCGGCAUAGGCGGGUUUCUGUUUGGGUUUUGGUUUUUUUAAACUCUUCCGUUACACACAACAACAAUGAUGCUGCCCUUUCUCGUCGAAGACAAUCGAACGCUCACGGGUAAGCGUAGUGUGGUAAGGCGCAUAGGAAGCCAUAGGGAACAACAACAGGAUCGAUGGAAGAAAAUAAGUGAAGGAAACGAACGAUCGCAUCGUAUAAAAAAGAGCGUGAGGGUGGAGAGAGUGAAAAAACAAUAGUUAAAAUUCGGAUAGGUGGAACCCGAAAGCCGAACAACACACUUAAGUAAGAUGGUAGAAAACAGACAAACAGCAGCCAACAAAGGAACAAAAAAAUGGAAAACACAGCCAGAAAAGGUAGAAAGAAUACAACCGCAUAUUUACAACAGCAAAAGAAACAACAAUGCAGUUCCCCGUCUCUCCCUCCCCAAAAAAAGCUCCCCGUUCCCUCCUCUCCUUCAACAAUACACUCCUCCUUCAACAAUAAAACACGAGGCAAAGAUAAUCAGAAGCAGGUGAUCAGAGGUGGUUUACGGUACAGUAGAGUCCCCAAAAUAUAACGUUAACGUGUGAGCGAAAGAAAGAAAGAGAGAGAGAGCGAGACAGAGAUAAAACGAUGAAUGUAGUAAAUACAAAUCAGACAUUUCAAAAGUAAAACAGAAAUAGUAAAAGAGAUGGAGACAGUUUGCGAAACGGACAGAAAAGAAGAAGAAAAAAACCCCCCCAAAAUCAACCCACAUGUAAUCACACACAUCAACACAAUCAUCAUCUCUCUUUAUAUCGCGCAGCUGAAGGAAUGGGAAUCAAAUUUAGCCGAAAAAGCAGUUAAUAACUAACAGCCGGAAUCGAAGGAAGGUACACACCACCGUUCGGACGGUGUACCACUGGCACAAGGACGGGAAAGGUGAAGGAAAGGAUGAAGAGGAAUGGUGGAAGAAAGCCGGCGUUAGAAACCUAUUUGAAUCAAACUGUAAAACGUAAGUGAAACACAAAAACAAAAACAAAAACCUAACAAAAUCAAGAAUAUCCCGUGCAGAACUUGCACGAGCUCGAUGAGAAGAGAUUGAAUAUUAUAUGUAAGAGAAAUCUCGACAAUCAGAUGAUGUUAUAUUUUAGCGAUAAAUCUUUAAAAUGAAUGGUCUAUAAGAGCAAGCUCUAUUAUACACACACGCCCAUACUACACUAUCAUCUAACGGACACGAACGCGACUCUCUCUUUGUACACACAGCCACACAGCCACGACAGGCAGCAUGCAAAAGAAACCCGCAGGAAAACCCACAGAAGAGAACCCACAUAAUAGGGGUGAAAAUGGGUAAGAGCAACAAAAAAAAGUGGAACAAGAUUGAAUCUUCUUCAUAUGUGUAGCUUAUAUAUAAAUAUAUUAUAAAAACAAAGCAAACGAAACGAAACAAAAAAACGCAAGCAAACAAACUAUCCUUAUCUAAACUAGACAGAGCGAGGAAGAAAAGAGAGAAGCAAACCAACACACACACUCAAACACACAUAUUAUCGAAUCAGAAUAUCACCCAACCCAUUAUCAUCAUUACCACUACCACCCAAAACCCUAUUCAAAGAGAAUUGGGUGGGAAAAGUAAAGCCCGAGGUGUUAACUAAAGAAAACACCUCAAGGAAUCAGGACAUUCAGGAACACAAUCAAAUCAGACAAAUGCAAGUGUUUGUGUGGGCGACGCCCUCUACUAUCCAGUCGCACUAUAAUGUUAGCUAUCAUCAUCCGCUACUAUUCGUUCGUACCGAGUAAUAGUAAUAGAUGUUUACUUUAUCUACUUUAUGAUUUAAGAUUUUUGUUACUACUACUACUACUGCUAUUUUUCCCCCCAAAUUUAAGAUGACUAAAUUCUUGUAGGAAUUUAAAAUAAAAACCAAUCCACAACAAAACACACACACACAUACACCAGAACACAGGACAAGGAUGGCUGCUACUACUAUCUAUCUAUCUAGCUCUAGUAUACUAUAUAACUACUUCUCUUACUCUAGUACAGCCUACUAUGCAAAAUACUAUGCACCCUUUCUCUCUUUCUCACACACAAACACACCGACAGGCACACAAACAAUUCUUCUCUUUCUCUAUCGCUCUUCCAACAACAACAAAACCGUUCAACGACACGCGUGUGACACUAAUCUCUUACAUUGCCGUACUAAGAAGCAAUUUUAGUAAUUGAUUCGUUUCGUUCCCCUUUCACACCAUUCUUUCCCCUUUUUCCACGUAUCAUCGUAACCAUAACAACACAGCAGCGUGCACUACACGCACGCUGCGAGAGAUUUCAAGUGAUGAACCGGGAGUUAUAGAUAGACAAAAAGGCGUGAGUGGUGGCGCUGGCCUAAGUGACAGCUAGUGGUUUUGUUUUGUUUUGAGAUUGUUCUUGCAGAAAAAGAACGAGAAAAAGCGGGAGAGGGAUAACACAAAUGGAAUGUGAAAAAAACACACACACAAAACACAGCUUACGUUUACGCAUUAUUACGUUUAGCCAAACCAAUAUUAAAAUAGUUGUAAAUGUGUAUGAUUAGAAUGGCAGCAGAAUUAAAAAAACAAACAAACACAUGGCCACACACGCACACAACGCAGUCAUCGAGCACCUCGGGAUUUCCGGCAGAACUUUCUCGUUAGAAAAUUAGACCGAUUAAAGCGGGGUUAAUGGCGGCAAAUAGAACAGAGGGAAGUGUGCGUGUGCGUGUGUGCGUGAAUCAGAAAGAGACACACAACAUAAACACAACCACACACAUAUGCGAUACGGAAAUUGAUGAAACGAGUGUAAGAUAAUUAAGUUUAUACGUACAAGCUUUUUGCCCGUACCCGAACUUUUUUUUCGUAACUGUGUGUGUAAACCGGAAACCGGAAACCGGAAAGAGCAGCGAUGAGAUAGAAAAUGAGGAAAACGCGAGAGAGCGAGAGAGAGAGAUGUGCACACGAUCGAUGUCUUUGUUCGAAUAGUAUAAUGGUUCUCUGUUUUUUUCCUUAUUUUAUACUCUCUUUUAUUUACUUUUACUAUUUACUAUCUAGUAUAUACAUUUACGUACGUUAACACUGCUACAACUUACGGUAUUUGAGCAUCGCUGUCACACUGUGAAUGUUAGCCGACAAAAGGCACGCUUGUCCUGUCGCGCCCCAAAACUAACCAACUGGAAGAAGCAAGUAAAAACCACUCACCACACACACAUAUCCACCACAAACACAUCAGCGUGAUGUUUAUCUAUUUAAAAAUGCAAAAGCAUGAACAAGAAGAAAAAGGAAAAUGAUGUGAGCCCAGGGAUGUUGUUAGUACGUAAUAUUCCUUUCGCUUUCACAUAACAACAAAAAAAACACAAUUAUACAACAACAAAAAAUGGCGAAAUGAACCACCACAAAAACAAAACAAAACAAAAAAGACCACCACAAAGGUGGUGGUGCGUGCGGGAAUGAAUCUUUGGUUGUUUGCGUUCUUUCAACCCGGGUAAUUUACUACCUUUUAUUUUAAAUUACAAAUUUCCCUAUUUUUUUAAUUUUAAAAAUCUAUAUCUAUAUACUUAUAAGUUGCUUGGAUAAUCAAUAACUGUUACUACAAAACUUAAAUACUACUAUCAAUAAAAGUCUUUAAACUAAACUCUGCUCUGCUCUAUCAUUGCUGCUGCUCUUAUUUCUCUUCCCUACUACUUCUACUUCUUCUUCUUCUCCUUCUCCUUCUCCUGCUGUCUUCUGGACUCUGCUCACUUCACACGUUCUACCCUAUUGGCCCACAUCGGCGUUUCUAUUUCUGCUAUCGGCAAUCAUCUCUUCACUGUCGUCUUGUCUGUCUCAUCUUUUAUUCUUCCACCAUUUUCUUCCACUGCUGCUGCUGCUGCUGUUGCUAUUUUUACUACAUUUCCGUUUUUUUUCUAAUACAGAAAACACGCAUCGUUGCGGUUAGAAAAUGGAUUACAGCGAAAAGGAAACCCUUGUGGCGACUGUGUACGGUUAAUUAGUAUUGUAUUAUGCCCAGUGUGUAGCGCUAUCGGUGUAUAGGUAAAACUAUUGCUUCGUAGUUACACCAUCCAUCACAAACAAGCAAACAGACAAGCCGGAACAAAACCGAUCAAUUCCUAUUCCAGAAUCGUUAGCAUUAAACUUUAAAAGUACGUUGGUGAUAACAGAACCCCCCAGAAUGGAAGUCCUUUAUAUGCGUGAAGAGAGCAUAGCAAAACGUAACAAAAAGGAGGAAACAGAUCGAAAGAGCGAGAGAGAGAGAAAGAGAGAGAACGAGAAGACAGCUGCAAAAGAGUCUAUUAUGAGAUGAGACGAUAAAAUGUUUAUCAAUUUAUUAUACAGCAAAACAACGUAAAAACCCACACGCGAGUCGGCAUCCACUUUUGUGACGAAAGAAACCGAAAGCAAAAUCAAUAUGGCGGUGGUGGCACAUACCAGCGCCUACUCUACUACAGCUGUCAAAGUAGUAAACAACAUCCGCUAAAGCACCAACAACAACAGUGGUGGCAGCAUGAACGAUCUAGUGGGUACGUUACUCUACUGUCUAUCUCUUUUGCUGCCUGAUCAACUUCUUCUUCUAUUUCCUUCUUCUAGUUUUCCAGAUUUGUUGUUUUUUUUCAAAAGGCACACAAAUUUUAGUAAACUGUUUCGCAUUUCACUAACCAAUUGACUUUCAAUUUCUACAGAUUCGAGCCCUACUCUCUACUAAUCUUUUUCAUAAACAAUUUCAUCUUCUAGCUCAACGUUUCCCUACUUUUCUUCUGAGACAUAUCUUUAUAAACUCUGUUUUGGUUCUGUAUCUAUUUCUAAACACAUUUUCAUGUUUUACAUUUGCAAUUCCUUUUUUUUAAACCUUUUUCUCCUUACUUUAUCUCUACUUCUGUUUUCUUUCUUUUUGAAAAAUCAUUAUUUUCUCGUGGUCUGCUUUUAAUUUGCUUUUGAAACAAUUUUCUAUUAUUCUAUCUGUUUGCGAAAUUUUUUGCUGUUUAUUGCUCUUUUUUCAAAGUUUGCUUUUAACUUUCACUUAUUCUUGCUUUACUCCUUCUUAUUAUUUUUAACACUAUUUGCUACAUAUUCUAUCUCUUCUCUUACUUACUUUUUUCCGUCUAAUUUCUAUAAAUAAAAGUUUUAACUAUUCUCAAUUUCUAAAUUAUAAAAUAAAUUCUAACAAAUUCUUUUUCGUACUAUUUUAAAACUGGCUUCUUUUAAUUUUGCUACUCUUUAUUCAGAUUCUUUAAAGCUUUCUUUUUCAUUUCUUUACGGCUAUUUUUAACAACCAAAUUAUGUUUAUUCUUGCUAUUAUGUAUAUGUGUUAUUCCAUCUUAGUUAUUCGUAACAUAUAUUUUUCUUCUUCAAACUCUUUUCUUUUUUCCUUUUUUUAAAACAACUUUCUAAAUAUUAUACCUAUUUCCCUAUCUUUCAUUCUGUGCUGCUCCUUCUUUAAACGUUUUCCUUUUAGAUUGGCUUUAAACCAAUUUCUAUGUAUUAAAACUUUAUCUAUACAUUUCACUCUUUCUUACUCUUUUGUGAAACAAAUUUUCCCUUUUCAAGCUUUACUCUGUUUUAGCAUUUUAUACAAAUUUCUUUAUAGUCUAGCUCUGUAUCCAUUUUACUCUUUCUUACUCAUUCCUUAAAAAGAUCUCUAAUUUUUCUAACUCUCCUCUAUUUUCUUAUUUUUCCAAAACUCUAUUUUAUAUACUUUAGCUAUUUUUAUAAGUUUUACUAUUUCUUGCUCUUUUUUAAAGCAAUUUUCUUUUCGUUCAUUCCUUAAUCCUUCUUUUUGUUCUUGAAAACAAAUUUCUAUGAUAGCUAUUUCUAUAUAUGUUACACUUUCUAUUGCAUUCUUGAAACUAUUUUCCCCUUUUUCUAGCUCUACUGUUCAUUAUCUUUUUUUAUACAUUAAUUAUUUAUGUGUUUCCACUUCUUAUACUUAUAUUCCUAUACUUAUAUUCCGUAUAUUCCUAUACUUCACUCUUUUCUCAAAUAAAUUUCUCCUUUUUCUUACUUUACAUUUUUAUUAUUGCUUUUAACCCUUUUCUAUUUAUGCUAUGAAUUAAAGCUAUUUUUCUACACUUAAAGCUUUUUUAUCUUUUUUAAACUGUUUUUAUUUCUUCCCUUAACUUUGUUUUUCAAUUUUGAAACAAGCUUUCUACAUUUCUUAACUAUUUUUUAUAUAUCAUACUUUUUUUUAUUCACUCUUGAAACAAAUUGUUCUUCAUUCUUGCAAUCCUACCUAUUUUCUAAUUUUCCCCUGAAACAAAUUAAUACUUUUUAUAGCUCUAUUCUUUCUACUGAUUUUUUUAGAAGCAACACCUUAACCUUGCCUUACACCUCAACAAUUUCAAGCAAAUUAUACUAAUACUCACCUUUUUCUCUUUAUCUCUCUCUCUCUCUUACUCUUUUAUUUUCUCUACAUUUCCUAUUCCUUCUUCUCUUUCCAUCAUGCAAACAACAGCACCGCUACUACACAGAGCCACCGUUCCUCUCGGCUUGUAUCCCGUUGGGCGACUUCUUGUCUAAAGCACAUUAGCAACUCAACCAUUUCAUAGUUACGGGCAAGUGUACAGCCAAACUGCUGUAAGUGUUGUAGAACAAACUUCUCUAGGGUCAAUACAUAAACAAAAGACAAAACGAUCGCGCAACAAGUCAAUUCAUAACAACAAAAGAAAAAACGGAACAUGCAGCGAACAAUGCGUUUUGAGUUUGCGCUCUCAAUACUAAACCACUUAACACGUUGUAUACGGCGUUGUACCCCUUUUGUUAGAAUCGUGUUAGUAUAUGUGUGCGUGGAGGGAGAGAUUGUUGGCGAGAAGGUGAAUUCAAUAGUCAUUUAAUGUGUUUGUUUUCUUUAAUUAUUGCGUCUAUGAAUUAGUGCUGGGUUUAAGUAAUAAGAGAUAAAGCUGAUGAAAAAGGGACAAACAUAAGUUUUAUGUUUGUCAAAAUUAUUAUUAUAAAAAUAAAAUCAAAGUGCAUAAAAUCAACCCCACAA